UCUCGUGUAAUGUAAGUAAUGCAUUUUACUGUUAUCUUCUUUCUUUCUCCUAGAAAAUUUCUCACCAAGCUAAAUUGCUUUUCACUCCCUCUUCAAAACAGCCGUUCCCGGACAAUUGCUUCGACGUGGUGGUGUCUGGCGCGUUUGUGCACACGGUCGGGAAGGAGCACGGUGUGAAGACGGCGGAGGCUGCGGCGGAGAGGAUGAGAGCGGUGGCAGAGAUGGUGAGGGUAUUGAAGCCUGGUGGGAUGGGGGUUGUGUGGGACCUGGUGCACGUGCCGGAGUAUGUAGCCAGACUCCAUGAGAUGAAGAUGGAGGAUGUUAGGGUUUCGGAGCGCGUGACGGCGUUCAUGGUCAGCAGCCACAUAGUCACUUUCCGGAAACCCAGCCACCACGUUCAGGGCCUUGCCGCCGAUGAGGUUCGCCUGGAUUGGAGAUUAUGCUAAUGUGGCAUGCUGAUGUGUCACAAUCGAUUCUUAAAAUAGAAUUUUAAUGGGUUGAUCCGGUUUAAAUCGAAUACAAUCCAAUCAAAUCAAAUUACUGGAUGGACUUCAGAGUUCAGACCCUGCUAAUUUACAUCAUAUACAUAGAUAAAAAAUUAUAUAUAUUUAAACAUUUUACACUAAGGAGUGUAUUUCCUUUUCUUUUUUUUUUUUUUACCAUAUAUAUAUAUUUUUCCAAUUGUUGAGUUUUGGUGGGUAUGUGAAGGUGGCUGGCGAGGCGAAGUCGAACCAGAUAUGGUAUUGUUUGGAAAUUAAAUGGAGUUAGUAGUCAUAGUCUAUUAGGGGGAAGGUAGAGAGAUAUGUAAUAAUUUGGGAAGUUACUUUGAUAUUUUGUCAUAUUUGGUAAAUGAUGGAAAUGGUGACUGAUUUUUGUAAAGUUACUUGCAAAUAUAUGAUGUUGAUUUUUAUCAACAGCAAUGAAAUAUAUGGCAUAUGAUGUAGUUUAUGGUAGUA